AUGGGUUCGGAGGGCGAUCAGGAGUCAGGGAUAACCCGCCGCGGCGGCGGGUUAUCCUCGUGGAGGUACAACUCGUCGCUGGUUCAGGUGAUUCUGAUGGGGAUGGUGUGCUUCUGCACCAUCGGCAUGAUCAGGGCGAUCUCCGGGAUGGGCGGAGGAGGGCAGGUGGACCCCACCGCGGCCAACAACGCCAACACGGCGCUCUACGCCACGUUCUCCGUCGCCGGGGUGCUCAGCGGCGGGCUGUACAACGUGCUGGGCCCGCGCGUCAUGCUCCCGGCGGCGUGCUCGAGUUGCUUGCUGUUCACGGGAUCGUUUCUUUACUAUAAUCACUUUCAGAGUCAGGUUUUCUUGGUUGUCGCCGGGGUGGUAGGAGGUGUCGGUGCGGGGAUGUUGUGGGCGGUGCAGGGAGCGGUCAUGACUUCUUAUCCGCCGCCGCACCGGAAAGGGAUGUACAUUUCGCUGUUCUGGGUUAUUUUUAGCUCCGGCGGGGUGGUCGGUGGGAUGAUUCCUUUCUUCCUCAAUUUUCACCGCCAGGUGGAUUCCGUCAACGAUGCGACGUACAUUGGCUUCAUGGGCUUCAUGGCGGCAGUGAUCCGCGACGACGGCAGCCAAUGCACGCUCACUAACCACUCGAAACCUUCGACGGAGGCCAUCGAGAUCCUGAAGCUCUUCAAGAACUGGAAGAUGCUCCUGCUGGCGCCGGCCGCUUGGGCCUCCAACUUCUUCUACGCCUACGAGUUCAACAACGUCAACGCCGCGCAGUUCAACCUCCGAACGCGCGGGCUCAACAACGUCUCCUACUGGGCCGCACAGAUGCUGGGCUCCAUCGCCAUCGGCUACGUCUUCGACUUGGGCUUCUUGACCAGAAAACGACGUGGUUUUCUCGGAAUCGGCACCAUUUCCUUGAUAGGGACGGCGAUAUGCUAUGGGCUAUUCGACGCCGUUUUCCAGAGCAUGAUCUACUGGGUGAUCGGGGCUCUGGCCGAUGACUCGGAGACUUUGAGCAGGUACGUUGGGUUCUACAAAGGGUUGCAGAGCGCCGGAGCGGCGGUGGCAUGGCAGCUUGAUACGAGGAAGGUUCCGAUGCUGACUCAGCUGAUUGUAAACUGGGCUCUCACGACGGUGAGCUAUCCUCUGCUUACGAUACUGGUGGCGUUGGCGGUUAGAGAUGAGCUGGUUGAGGGUGAAGAGUUGAAAACGUACAAAGGUUCGAAUCUGACCAGUAACGGCGACACAGGCUUUGCAGAUGAUGAUGUUAUCAAGGAAACUAACUAA